AUGCUUCAAGCUCGCCAAUUAGGCAAAGAACUUUACGUUGGUGUACAUUCAGACGAAGAAAUCCUCCUCAAUAAGGGACCUGUGGUAAUGAAGUUAGAAGAAAGAAUGGCUGCAGUCGAGGCCUGUAAAUGGACUACACAAGCCGUCUCCGAUGCGCCUUAUGUUACUGAUCCAGAAUUUAUGGCAAAAUAUGGAUGCAAGUAUGUUGUUCAUGGCGAUGAUAUCACUACGGAUGCCAAUGGUGAAGAUUGCUAUAAAGGUGUGAAAGAUUUAGGCAUGUUCGUAGUGGUUAAGAGAACACCGAAUAUCUCCACGACGGACUUGGUGGGCAGAAUGCUUUUGAUGAGUAAAUCACAUCAUUUCAAACCCAUAGAAUCUUACAAAAGCUCACUGGAACAUCCCCUUUUUUCAGAUCCAGAAACCUUGAAGAGGUUUGCCGACUAUGCGUCCGACUCCACUGGCUCUAAGCACGGCUCAGGUGUAUAUUUGAACCUCAAUGCAGAUUCCGCAUUAGAAGCUAUUGUUCAGCCAUCAUCAGAAGUUUCAAGCAAACUCUAUUCUGGCAUUCAUUAUAUCGAUGGAGGCUUUGAUUUGUUCCACCCUGGACAUAUUGAGGUCUUGCGUUUGGUUCGUAAAGAGGCGGAGAAGACAAAUUCGAGUGUGGUUAUCGGCCUCCAUGAUGACAAAUGUAUCAACACAUACAAGGGCUUGAACUAUCCAAUUAUGAACCUUUUCGAGAGAUCUCUUUGUGUUUUGCAAUGUCGAUAUGUUGACGCAGUUGUGAUCGGUGCCCCUUAUUCCCCUACAGAGAAGUUUUUGGCCAAGUUGCCGGGUCCUGUAUCUGCAGUUUAUCAUGGACCUACCGAAUUGGAGAGUGGUAUUUAUGAUGGGGUGAGUGCUGUGUACAAAGAAAUAGGGCCCCACAAGUUCGAUGAAAUGAACACGGAGUUUAUUGUGAACCGUGUUUUAGACAAUAAGCAAGCAUACGAAGAGCGCCAGAAAAGAAAGGGCUGGAAAGCUGAGAACGAGAAACAACUCAAGCUCAAGGAAGAAGAACUGAAGAGCGUUUAA